ACUGCACGGACUGAUUGGAGAGUCCGCAUUCCUAACAGUACACACUCCGUGAGAAGAGUUUUCGCCUGCGAAAACGGAUGCUAAUCUGAAGGAGCUUGAUGGAUUAAUUAAAAUUAAACGAAUUAGUGACGCGGGAAUUGUUGAAGUCUCGAACAAGCGACAACAAAGGGCAACAACACAUCAAACCACAGAGCUCCAGACUGAGUGGAGCCAGCAACUUCUGCGAGAGAGACGUCCCAGAGCCUCAGCACGACCACCGUAAGACUAAGCGUGGAGGAUCAGAAGACUAACGCUACACUUUGUGGGAAGGCAGCCUCCAGAAGAGCAAUGUUGGUUUCCUUUUAAAUCGUGUGUCAGACGUUUGCCGGUGAGACCUGCUGCUGCGUUCUGAUCUCAGCUCCCUCCAUUUGCACCCCCACCUCUUCCCAUCAUCGGUGUUGACCCUUCUCCGGACAGCUUGCUGGAGGGCCCUUCCUGACCAGGAGCAGCUGCGUCCUGCUUGCUGACUCCCGUUCCUCCCUUGCUUCCUGUCCUUGGUCAGACAAGGCUAAAGCCUCCUCUGCGUUUGCCCCACCCAUCAUCUCUGCUGGCCUCCUGUUCUCUGGUACACUUGUAUUCACGCCCUCAAGCCGUUGUUCAUCGCUCAUCCAGACUUUUUAAGAGUAUUUUUGCUGUUUGGAGAUCAAAGGCGAGGAGCUUUUUAAUCGCCUAGGACAAACCGGGACUGACCAAAAAAUCCCAAAGAACCUCCUUUCCAACUAUUUCAUAGCUGGCAGCAUGACUUCAAUGUCAAGUCUGUUCUCUUUUACCAGUCCUGCAGUCAAACGGCUGCUCGGCUGGAAGCAAGGGGAUGAGGAGGAGAAAUGGGCAGAGAAGGCAGUGGAUGCGCUUGUGAAGAAACUGAAGAAGAAGAAGGGCGCCAUGGAGGACCUGGAGAAAGCCCUGAGCUGUCCGGGACAACCCAGCAAAUGUGUUACCAUUCCAAGAUCGCUGGACGGUCGGCUCCAGGUUUCCCACAGGAAAGGCCUCCCUCAUGUCAUCUACUGCAGAGUGUGGCGCUGGCCGGACCUGCAGUCCCACCAUGAGCUAAAACCUCUGGAGGUGUGCGAGUACCCAUUUGGCUCCAAACAGAAGGAGGUCUGCAUCAACCCUUAUCACUACAAGCGAGUGGAGAGUCCUGUCCUGCCACCCGUCCUGGUACCGAGGCACAGCGAAUUCAACCCACAGCACAGCUUGCUUGUACAGUUUCGUAACCUCACCCAUAACGAGCCACACAUGCCCGGGAACGCCACCUUUCCAGACUCCUUCCCGCAACCACACAGCGGCAACAGCAACGGAGGAGGAGGAGGAUCUUUCCCCAUUUCUCCAAAUUCUCCAUAUCCUUCUUCUCCAGCCAGCAGCGGUACCUAUCCAAACUCUCCAGCCAGCUCGGGGCCUUCCAGUCCAUUCCAACUCCCAGCUGACACCCCGCCCCCGGCCUACAUGCCCCCCGAGGAGCAGCUGGGUCAGGACAGCCAGUCCAUGGAAACGAGCAGCGGCAUACCUAGAGAUGUUCAACCAGUGGAGUAUGAGGAGCCGAGCCACUGGUGCUCUAUUGUCUACUAUGAACUAAACAACCGCGUCGGAGAGGCCUACCACGCCUCGUCCACCAGCGUGCUCGUGGACGGCUUCACCGACCCCUCCAACAACAAGAACCGCUUCUGCCUCGGACUGCUGUCCAACGUCAACCGUAAUUCCACCAUCGAGAACACCCGCAGGCACAUCGGCAAAGGUGUGCACCUGUACUACGUGGGAGGAGAGGUGUACGCAGAGUGUCUGAGCGACACCAGCAUCUUUGUCCAGAGCCGUAACUGUAAUUACCACCACGGCUUCCAUCCCACCACCGUGUGUAAGAUCCCAAGUGGAUGCAGCCUGAAGAUUUUUAACAACCAGGAGUUUGCUCAGCUCCUGACUCACUCGGUGAAUCACGGCUUUGAGGCCGUGUACGAGCUCACCAAGAUGUGCACUAUAAGGAUGAGCUUUGUCAAGGGCUGGGGAGCAGAGUAUCACCGACAGGAUGUGACCAGCACCCCCUGCUGGAUUGAGGUGCACCUGCACGGGCCUCUCCAGUGGCUGGAUAAAGUGCUGACACAGAUGGGUUCACCUCUGAACCCCAUCUCCUCUGUGUCCUAAUAACAGACUUCUGGGAGCUUAGAAGACCUUCUACCUUUCUGUUUUCUAUUAUCGUUUUUAUCUUUUUAACCUCCCCUCCUUUACCAUCAUUUGUAAUUUAAAGCUGUCUUACAGGCUGAACUGUUUACACUUACCUUUGGAAGGGAUGUAAAACUCUCACAGGAAACGAUCAACAGUCUCAGCUAGAAUCCAGUUCAUAUAUGUAAUAAAAAAAAAACAAAUGUUGCAAGAAAAUAUCUUGAGGAAAACCCAAGUUACACCACCAUGGACACACUACUGCUCGACAAUGCUGCAAUGUAGAAGAAUUUAGGUCUGAAUCCUUCAGAGGAUGAUUAGACAUUGGUUACAUUCAUUCUUUUUUGUUUUGUUUGGAUUUUUUUUCUUUUUUUUUUUUUCUUUAUUUGUAGUUUAUAAUUGAGCAGAACAGUUUCCCCACUCUGCUUUUUCUACCAGAGAAUUUGAAAUUUUUUGAAACACUUUUCUUGUUUCUUACAUUGUCGUUUCUGUGUCGGUUAUUUCAGUUAAGAUAUAGAAACAAACAUGUUUACCGUUAGACUCUGAUAUAACAAAUGCUUUUUUUAGUCUCUACUGCUAGAAAUGAACACUGAGCUACUGCUUUUAAAAAAGUUCUGUAUGCCAAUGUGAUAGUUUUUUUUUCUUUUGAUAUGGGAGAUCACUGAACAAGAUUAACAUGCCAUAAGCUAACAUUGCUAAUGUUACAUCUGUUGCCAUAGAGGUAGGUAUGGUGAAACCACAGAGUGAGCACCACCAUUAUUGAGGCUUGUUUGUACUUGCAAGUUUAAGUAAGAGUGGCUGUUUUUUUUUCCAGACUCACUGUAUUAACAAUAUUGUGCACUCAUAGGUUUUGUGGAGGCAUAUUAAAUUUUGGCUUGGGUACCAAGGCAUUAUGUUAAUUUACUUUGUUAGCUCAAUAAAAUAAAAUGGUAUUUCUUAAUAGUUGUUUUGCUUCUGUGCUCCAGUGAAGUUUAAUUCCCUGUUUGAUGUAACACUAUUAAUUGUUUUACUCAUUAGAAACUGUUUUUUUUUUAUAUACCACGUCAUCCUCAAGUUCUUAA